AUGGCGUCCUUCCUACUCCUCGCCCUGCUCCGAACCGCCGCGGCGGAGUCGCACUACGACGUGCUGGGCGUCGCGUCUGAUGCUGCACCAGACGCUAUUCGCGCCGCCUUCCGCCGCAUCGCCCUCGCCGAUCACCCGGACAAGCUUCCGCCCGACAGCGCGGCAGCGGCCUUUGAGUGCCUCUCCGACCCGACAGCGCGCCAGCGGUACGACGAAGAGAUCGCCGUCGACCCGCGCGCCUACGCGUCCGCCUUUGGGCAGCGCAUCACCCGCGAGAUGGCGGAGAGGGGCGGGCUGCCCCUCAAGACGUACCUCCCGCCCGGAUCGGCGGCGGGAGACCUCGUGGCGUGCCCUCUCCCCGCUGUCGGCGUGACGGUCGCGUUUGCGCUGUCCGGCGCGACGCCUCCGAGGUGGAGGGUCGCUGCCGAGGCGGUCGGGCUGGCGCGGAGGCAGUCGGGCUGGGAGAGGCGCGGCGACGACUUGCACCUGACAGUGACCUUGCCUGCGUGGCGGAGGGGGCCGCUGCGGAGGCGGAUCACCUGA